UUGUUUUGUGGAUGACGUUGCCUGAAAUGAGGGUUUUUAAGGAAGUGGGCAUGAGUUAUUUCUGGAUUCGAUGCUUACGAGUCCCUUUCCAAUUGAUGUCGACACUGUAUGAGGCAGUCGAACAGACUUUUGGAUCCAUCAUAAAAGUUCAUCCGAUGGAGAAGGAUGAGGACAAUCCAGAAUUGGCCUCGAUAAGGCUAGAUAUGGAUGUCGCCUCUCAGCCUCGAGUAAAAUCAAGACUAGUGGUAAGGAUCCCGGGUCAGGGCGAUUACUUCGUCGAAGUAGUAUCGCAGGCAACCCCCUGGUGCGAACGUUGUAGAAUCUUUUACCAUAAUGACAUUGAUGACUGUUGUCCCGGAAAUAUCGAAAGGAACCCAUUCGCGGACCAUUCGAGAAAUUCGAAACUCCCUACCCCACCUUUCUCUGGUUUUGUUCCGGAAGGGGAUACCCCACCUGCUUCGGGAUUCAGGAGAUACCCGGGACAGAGUUGGGUCUCGAAACUGCAAUUGGUCCCCGGCCAGAACGGAAAGCGGAACGGAUUGACCAAACCCAAGAAAGGAACGGAUAUUCCGUCGAAAUCCAAGGAAAAGGGAAAAGACAAGACGCGCGAGAAGGGGAAGGAAAGACGAAAGGAUCAAGAGCCAAAGGAAAAGGGAUACAGGGAAGUGGAAAAGGGCAGUCGGAAAGAUCAGAGAGGCAAACGUGGGACAGGGGGGGAGCGGGAAGGGGAUAGCUCGGAUCUGACGAGCCAGAACGAAGCCACGUCCGAUUCAGAAUCCGAUAGUUCAAAGCUCAGACAAACCCAGUUGGAGAAGAGAGCGGUAAAAGUACUAUCGAAAUCAGCGAAGAAAACUGAGAAGAGAUAUGUUAGGAAAGUGAGAAACGAAGAGAUGUCAUUCUCAUAUCAUGGAAACCCGGGAGGAGAGGGUUCGGGCUCGAAGUUGGCAGAAGAUGGAAUGAAGAUAGUAACAGAGGGUGUCGGAGGAGAAGAUGGUUUGGGAAAAGGGCUCUCCAAGGCUGCCCCAAUGCAGACCCUGGGGAGAGGAGAGGAAGUCACUCCUAGAUCCUUAGUCCCCUUGGUUUUCGCUAACUCAAGUAAAGGAGUCAAGGUCCUAGCAGCCCAAUUGGCAGAUGGAUCCAUGGAGUUGCCAACGAUCUCAACGAACGAGGCACUGACGAAAUCCAUAAUCUUAAAGAAAACGAAAUCGUUGAUCCCGUCCUGUGUACAGUGUCGACUCGUUCAGUGCCUUCGAACGGGGGUUUAUACCAUUUCAACGGAUAAUGAGGAAAUGAGAUUCCUGUUUGCUUUUCUGAAUGCAAAAAUGGAUAAUAUGAUCAAAAACAUGUUGGAAUCGUUGAUUGGGACUGGUUCUCGUUGGAAAUCUUGGACUCUGAUCUGAAUGAAGAACUGGAUUAUAUCCUGCUCAAAGGCUUCACAACAAAACUUAUAGCCGAAU